AUGAAAAACCUCAGAAUGACUAAUAACUCUGACCCUGUGAGCAUAUUCAUUCUUCUUGGAUUCCCUGGUACCUGGGAGAUCCAGGUCCUCCUCUUCUCACUCUUCUCUGUGAUCUAUGUCCUAACGCUCAUUGGGAACCUUUGCAUUAUCUGUUCAGUGUGGUGGGACCAUCAUCUUCACACUCCCAUGUACAUCCUGCUGGCCAAUUUUUCAUUCCUUGAGAUCUGGUAUGUCACUUCUACUGUCCCCAAUAUGCUAGCCAACUUUCUCUCUGAGACCAACACCAUCUCCUUCUCUAGCUGCUUCCUCCAGUUCUACUUCUUCUUCUCCAUGGGCACCACUGAGACCUUCUUCUUGUCUGCCAUGGCCUUUGACAGGUACCUUGCUAUCUGCAGGCCCCUGCACUACCCCACUGUCAUGACAGUUCCACGCAGCAUCAGAAUGGCAGCCUGCUGCUGGGUGUGUGGCUUCUCCUGUUUUCUCCUCCCAGUUUACCUCAUCUCCCAGCUUCCUUUUUGUGGGCCCAAUAUCAUUGAUCACUUUUUAUGUGACCCAGGACCCCUUAUGAAGUUGUCCUGUGUGCCAGCUCCUGCCACUGAGAUCACCUGUGCCGUCUUUAACUCGGUCCUGAUUUUCUCCACCUUCCUCUUCAUUACCGGCUCUUAUGCCCUUGUGAUCAUAGCUGUGCUGAAGGUCCCCUCGGCAGAAGGCCAGCAGAAGGCUUUCUCCACUUGUGGCUCCCACCUGGCCGUGGUGUCCCUGUUCUAUGGCUCAAUCAUGGUGAUGUACGUGAGCCCAACAGCAGGCAAUCCAGCAGGGGUUCAGAAAAUUGUGACUCUAUUUUAUUCUGUGUUAACUCCAUUUUUCAAUCCCUUGAUCUACAGCCUCCGGAAUAAGGAAAUAAAGAAGGCCCUGAGAAAACUGCUGAGGACUAUGAGAUUUGGUCAAAGACAGCCCCUCAAGAACUAG